GGACACUGCAGACCAUCCUAGAUCAACACUUCCAGAAGACUCUCCCCUGACCUUCAGCAGAGCAGAUCACUUCUCUCACUGUCUGUUUACAGAUGUUUACUGACAGACAAGUAAUAUCUUCAAAUUUCUGUUUCUUUUUGUCCUCUGUCAACGUGUGAGUUUUUCAACACUUGCCUGAUUAUAUGCUGUUUUAAGCAUGCAUCGCUCAGACUGGAUGAUGUGGCCGAAGGAGGCUCAGAGGAGAGAGGAGAAGAGGGCUGAGGCACGGCUGGCUGAGGGCUUGCAGAGACUUGAUGAGGCCAAACAUUACCAUCUCAACACACUGAGCCGAGAGCAGCGCACUCUACACCGUCACCUCCUGGCCAUCAAGACAGGGAACCGGUGGAGAGGAUUACAUGCUAUGGGAUCACGACCCACCAAUCGUGACCUCAGCCACCCUGCUGUGUCCUUUCAGAAGACCCUGUUACCCAUAAUCCCUCCUACAGGCAGGGAUCUGGACAGAUACAGGCCAGCGAAGCCUCAGUCCAGCUGCUCUCUCCAGGCUCGUGUUCAGGAGUAUCCACUCUGUCUACCUGAACUCAAACUCCAGCCCCCCCACACACUGUCCCCAGCUGCUCCUGAGAGAGAGAGCAGGGAAAGAGACACACACAGGAACAGAGUGAGGGAGGGUCAAAGUUCAAUGUGGGAAACGGCAAAAGACAGGCCAAAAGACAGUCAGAAAGUAAGGGAACAGGCAAUGGUGUUAAAGAAAGCAGACAAGGACAGUGAAAAAGCAGAAGAAAUUGAUGAAGCCACGCCCCCAUCUUCCCCCAUCUCUGAGACCCUCUGUGCUGAUGGUCGGUUGAGGACUGUUCACGUUCUGCCUAAUUUUGCUCAGACCCUUGCUGAGGCACGCAAAGCCAGAUACAUUAGACACCGCGGCCGACCGCCACAGGAAAGAGAGCUGAGCAUUAAAGAGAUAUUCCCAAAAAACUCCAGAGACACAUUCAGCAAACACUGAUUAUAACACACAACCCAACAUUAAUCAGGCCUUUUUAAGUUUUUUUUUGUUAUUUGUUUUGUAAAUACCAUAUACAGUACAUAAGAUUCUCCAUCACACUGUUUCACACAAGCAGCAUCAGAUAGAAACCCUGCAGCAUGCUCUAACGUUUACUAAAAUGUCAUAUGAUAGAGUACUAAACUUAAUUUCCAAUAACAUUUUCUCGCAUAAUGCAUUCUAGAUGUUUAAAUUGUUAACUAUCUGGUAAAACCCAGUUAAUUCCCAACAGUGUUAGAGUUUAAAUUAGCACAUAUAUUUACUUUAAGUAAAUGUUAUUGAUAGUUAGAUUCAACUUUCAGAAAUUUAAUGAAAUGCAAUCCAAAUAAACUGUUAGCAAAUGUUCUAGUAAAAGUUUUUCUAUGCUGUAACCUUCAGACAGUUUCAAUAUAUUGGUGGUAUACAGCAGGAGAAAGGAGUUGGGGAGGGUGAUAAAUAACUCUGAAGUAUUUGACCAAGAUUAGCUAUAUGUUUGCACAAGCAAUCAGAACAUCUCUGCUACAAAAGAAUUAAAAACUUUUUUACUGCACCUGUGUUUAAUCACAACUGUGCAAAAUGUGUGUAAACAUUACAACUAACACCAUAGAUGGGAUUAAUGUAACAGGCAAGGUGCUAGUUGUAACGUUUGUCUAUUAAACUGACCCAGAAUUUAACACAGUUAAUAAAAUGCAAUUCUAUACUGUUUGAAUCAGGUUUGAAACAUGUUUUCCAGCAUAAAUAAAUUUUUUAAAAAGCUGCAUCUAAAUAAUUAUGCUUAGUAAAACUACUCUUUGCACUGGGGCUGUGAGAGUAAAAUAUCCUCUUUGCCCCUGCACAAGUACCAGUAUAAUGAAACUGGGUUGCGAUCUUCUUUACUAGAUGAUAUGUGUGGGAAAAAAGAGAGAAACAGAGAAUGAAUAAGAAUAAUCCCACCAGCAGUGCCUAUGAAUAGUGCAGCUGUUUAGAUAUCCUAGCAACAACAAAACAGUACAUUACAAGACUGUAGAUAUGAGUGUUCAUAAUUAACACAAUGUGGAUAAUGUAUUACUCUGAGAACUGAGGUUACUAACUUUAGCAGCUGUCAGCACGUUGCAAUGCAGCACCUUGUGUACAGUGACAGUAAUAAGCAUAAUUUCUUCUUCAGAUUAAAGAGAUUUAAAACAUUUUUGUCAUUUGUUAUACAUUGAAUACUAAGGUUUUCCCUUGUGUUAAAUUGCCAUAUUAGAUUUUGUGUAACAGC